AUGUGGUUUGGUAAGCAGAAUGCCCCUCUCCCCACAGGUGUGAUUACUACCUAUGAGGGUUUAGAGAUUGAGGUAGUCAACUCAUACAAGUAUGUGGAAGUAUGGCUAGAAGCCCUCAUCCUCCACAUACAACACCCGAUCUGCCAGUCACCUUCUGUUAACAGCAUCCUGCCCAGGCAGACCAACUAUUACUGGAUAGGGAUCCGUAAGGUGGACGACGUGUGGACCUGGGUGGGGACCAAUAAGACCCUGACUAAAGAGGCAGAGAACUGGGCAGACGGGGAACCCAACAACGGGGGGAACAACGAGGACUGUGUGGAGAUGUACAUCAAGAGAGAGAAGGACACAGGGAAGUGGAACGAUGAGUCGUGCAUGAAGAAGAAGACGGCUCUGUGCUUCACAGCCUCGUGUCAGAGCGACUCAUGUUACCAUGGAGAGUGUGUGGAGACCAUCAACAGCCACCGCUGUAAAUGCUCUGAGGGCUUCUACGGAGAGCAGUGUGAACACGUUGUUGAAUGUAAGAUGGAGGAGGUCACUGUCCCUGCUAAUGCCAGUGUCCGUUGCUCUCACCCCAAUGGGAAUUUCUCCUUUGACUCGACGUGUCAGUAUUCCUGUGAAGAGGGGUACCAGCUGAGCAGCUCCGGGCCUGUGAGAUGCACAGCCUCAGAAUCAUGGUCAGAACAGCCUCCCACCUGUGAAUUGGUCUUAUGCAGUGAGCUGUACGAACCUGGGAAGGGUUCCAUGGCCUGCUCCCAUCCCCUGGGCUCCUUCAGCUACCUGUCCACCUGUACCUUUACCUGUGAGGAGGGCUAUGAGAGGCUGGCCUCCAGCUCUGCUACCCUGCAGUGUGGAGCCUCGGGACAGUGGAACGACUCACAGUCGCAGUGUAUUGCUGUAAGCUGCCCUACCCUCCAGCAGCCACAGGAUGGCGCUAUCAGCUGUGGAGAAGACUUCACCUAUGGAAGCAGCUGUAACUUUAACUGCUCUGAGGGUUAUCUCCUCAAGGGGGCGAUCACGCUGACCUGCACAUCAGCUGCUGAGUGGAGUGAGGAGAUACCACACUCUGUCCAGUGCCCCUCUCCUGUGGUUCCUCUGGGGGGUCAGGUUAGCUGUGAGGCCCCCUCACAUCCCUGGGGCUCUGUCUGCAACUUCAGCUGUGAUGAGGGUUACGAUCACCAGGGGGCCCCAAACAUGCAGUGUUCAUGCCACACCUGA